UGUCAGUGUGCUUUGCAAGUGAAUAAAUAAAAUACGCAAUAUCUUUAAAAAUAGUUUGGACGCCUCUGUGUGGAAAACAAAUGAACUCCGAUAACUAUAUUACUUGGAUCUGUUACACUAGCGUAGGAUAAUUCCGCAACAACUUUAAAAAAAUGAGUGAGAACUCCAUCGCAGGGGUUCCUCCCCUGGUCAAAAUUGGCCACUACAUAUUGGGGCAAACAUUAGGAGUGGGUACAUUUGGUAAAGUAAAAAUCGGCGAGCAUCAGCUGACCAAACAUAAAGUAGCAGUUAAGAUUUUAAAUAGACAGAAAAUCAAGAGCUUAGAUGUAGUAGGGAAAAUUAGACGAGAAAUACAAAAUCUGAAAUUAUUUAGGCAUCCACACAUUAUUAAAUUGUACCAGGUCAUAAGCACACCCACUGAUAUUUUCAUGAUCAUGGAAUAUGUGUCGGGAGGUGAACUGUUUGAUUACAUUGUCAACCAUGGGAAGCUCCAAGAGCAUGAUGCCAGAAGAUUUUUCCAACAAAUUAUUUCUGGGGUUGACUAUUGUCACAGGCAUAUGAUUGUCCACAGAGAUUUAAAACCAGAAAACUUAUUGCUAGACCAUAACAUGCAUGUUAAAAUUGCUGAUUUCGGUCUCUCAAACAUGAUGAUGGAUGGAGAAUUUUUGAGGACAAGCUGUGGAUCUCCAAAUUAUGCUGCACCAGAGGUCAUUUCUGGCAAACUGUACGCUGGUCCCGAGGUGGACAUCUGGUCGUGCGGAGUUAUUCUGUAUGCACUGCUCUGCGGUACUCUACCAUUCGACGACGAACAUGUUCCAACGCUGUUCCGCAAAAUCAAAUCGGGAAUCUUCCCAAUUCCCGAAUAUCUCAACAAAUCCGUCAUCAGUUUGCUGUGCCAGAUGUUGCAAAUCGACCCCAUGAAACGUGCCACCAUCGAGGACAUCAAAAAACACGAGUGGUUCCAGAAGGAUUGUCCGGCGUAUUUGUUCCCGUCGCCAGUUGAACAGGAUUCAUCUGUCAUUGAUACGGGCGCCGUCAACGAGGUGUGCGAAAAGUUCGGCGUGCAAGAGAGCGAAGUCCAUAACGCUCUCUUGAGCGGGGAUCCCCAUGAUCAGUUGGCCAUCGCUUACCAUCUUAUAAUCGACAACAAGCGUAUCGCCGAUGAGGCCGCCAAGGCGGAGAUCAAAGAUUUUUAUGUGGCCGGCAGUCCUCCACCUGUAAACGUACAACCAAUGCCCAUACCCGUGGACGUCAACAGUCCAAUGAAACCGCAUCCAGAAAGGAUUGCUCCCCUUAGGGAUAGGGUAAUUGCUUCCAAUCAUGCUGCCUCAGGGGAGCGUGGACGAGUAAAAAGAGCUAAAUGGCAUUUGGGAAUCCGAUCUCAAAGCAAACCCCAUGAUAUAAUGAUGGAAGUUUACAGGGCAAUGAAAGCUUUAGAUUAUGAAUGGAAAGUGAUUAACCCAUUCCUUGUAAGGGUCAGACAUAAAAAUAGUUUACAUGAAAAAUAUGUUAUGAUGUCGUUACAACUUUACCAAGUCGAUUAUAAAAGUUACUUGUUAGAUUUUAAAAGUCUUAGCAACGAAGAUGCGGAAUCUAACACUAACAAUGUUAUGUUGGGAUCAGUACCCACUCCAGUUUUGAGCGGUACUAAUAUAACGUCAAAAACAAGUGGGCAUCAUACAAUGGAAUUUUUCGAAAUGUGUGCAGCCUUGAUUAUACAAUUGGCAAGAUAAUUGUUAUGCUAAUUUAAAAUAUUUUAAUAAUUUUAAUUUUACUAUAUAGGAUGAAUAUGUACUAUCAAAUAUUUGUGCCUGAUUAAUUAUUUGUUAACCAUUGACACACUCUGAAAGUGAUGUAUUAUUUUGUGGUAUUAGAUGUAGAAUUACAUUUUAGGCUUUUAAAAUGUUUAGUAAAUAUUGCUUUUUAUAUAUAAAUAUAUAUAAAGCUCUUAAUAAUCCGAAAAUUAUAUUUAUUGUGUAUAUGUAUAUAGUUCAAUAAACAUGGAAAAAAUUUUAAAA